AUGCUUUCGAGGUCAUUUGGCAUGCGGUCAUCCGCCCUUCGAGCUGCCUCGAAGGUUCGGUCGACGCCCUCGAGCUAUGCUCGAACCCUGUCUACGACGGCCUCGCGCGCCGGCGACGAGACGCUGAACAAAUUCUCGUCCAAGAUCACCCAGCCCAAGUCCCAGGGUGCCUCGCAGGCCAUGCUCUACGCCACCGGCCUCAGCGAAGACGACAUGAACAAGGCCCAGGUCGGCAUCUCCUCCGUCUGGUACGAGGGCAACCCCUGCAACAUGCACCUCAUGGACCUGUCGGCCGUCGUCCGCGAGUCCGUCGCCAAGGCCGGCCUCAUCCCCUACCGCUUCAACACCAUUGGCGUCUCCGACGGCAUGAGCAUGGGCACCAAGGGCAUGCGCUACUCCCUGCAGAGCCGUGAGAUCAUCGCCGACAGCAUCGAGACGGUCAUGAACGGCCAGUGGUACGACGGCAACAUUUCCCUGCCCGGCUGCGACAAGAACAUGCCCGGCGUCGCCAUGGCCAUGGGCCGCGUCAACCGCCCCAGCAUCAUGGUCUACGGCGGCACCAUCAAGCCCGGCUGCACCAACAAGGGCGAGAACGUCGACAUUGUGUCGGCCUUCCAGGCCUACGGCCAGUACAUCACGGGCGAGAUCACCGAGGAGGAGCGCUUCGACAUUAUCCGCCACGCCUGCCCCGGCAGCGGCGCCUGCGGUGGCAUGUACACGGCCAACACCAUGGCCACGGCCAUUGAGACGCUCGGUCUCACCCUGCCCGGCAGCAGCAGCAGCCCGGCCGAGGACCCGGCCAAGAAGGCCGAGUGCGAGAACGUCGGCGAGGCCAUCAAGAACCUUCUGCGCGAGGACCUCCGCCCCCGCGACAUCCUGACGCGCCAGGCCUUUGAGAACGCCAUGAUCGUCGUCAACAUUCUCGGCGGCAGCACCAACGCCGUCCUCCACCUGCUCGCCAUUGCCGACAGCGUCGGCAUCAAGCUCACCGUCGAGGACUUCCAGGCCGUCUCCGACAGGACCCCCUUCCUCGCCGACCUCAAGCCCUCGGGCAAGUUUGUCAUGGCCGACAUGCACCGCAUCGGCGGCACGCCGGCCCUCCUCAAGUUCCUCCUCAAGGAGGGCAUCCUCGACGGCUCGGGCGUCACCGUCACGGGCCAGACCAUGGCCAAGAACGUCGACGCCUUGCCCGACUUCCCCGCCGACCAGCAGAUCAUCCGCCCGCUGAGCAAGCCCAUCAAGCCGACGGGCCACAUUCAGAUCCUGCGCGGCCAGCUCGCGCCCGGCGGCUCCGUCGGCAAGAUCACGGGCAAGGAGGGCCUCGUCUUCACGGGCAAGGCGCGCGUCUACGACGACGAGGACGACUUUAUCGCCUCGCUCGAGGCCGGCGACAUAAAAAAGGGCGACAAGACGGUCGUCAUCAUCCGCUACGAGGGCCCCAAGGGCGGGCCCGGCAUGCCCGAGAUGCUCAAGCCGAGCUCGGCCAUCAUGGGCGCCGGCCUCGGCCAGGACGUCGCGCUGCUGACCGACGGCCGCUUCUCCGGCGGCAGCCACGGCUUCCUCAUCGGCCACAUUGUGCCCGAGGCCCAGGAGGGCGGGCCCAUCGGCCUCGUCCGCGACGGCGACGUCGUCACCAUUGACGCCGAGCGCCGCGUCAUCGACUCGGACGUGUCCGACGCCGAGAUGGCCCGCCGCCGCGCCGACUGGAAGGCCCCCGCGCUCAAGUACACCAAGGGCACCCUCAAGAAGUACGCGUCGCUCGUCAGCGACGCCAGCUCUGGCUGCGUCACCGACGGUCCCAUCUAA